AUGAGAGGCCAUGGCAGCAGCACUCCCGCCACGGGUUCCCCUUCUCUGGACCGAAACUGCUGGAAAGCCAAUCAGGGCGAGGGCGUGGAGUUCAUCUGCCAGGCCCAGUCAGAGGGCGUCCCCGAGGCAACGGUGUUCGGCCAGGACUGGACGGAGCGCCUCAGCGGCCUGCACGUGCGCCUCCACGAGUUUACGCCCCACCUGCGCCACGUGGCCGAGCAGCAGGCCGACCUGCAGCCGCCGAGCUCCAAGCUGCUGCGGGACCUGGACCAGGUGCAGCUGCGCGUCCCUCACCUGGCCAGCAACCUGCACGGCCUCCUGCAGCUGCUCCUGCCCAACAGCGUUCUGGAGCCGCCGGGCCCUACGGGUCAGCCCCCACUGCCCCCUCUCAACAGCUUCCAGCAGAAGGCCUACGGCUGCAGCGUGCUCACCCGCUUCCACACCUUCCUCUCCAACAGCCAGAAGGAACUCAAGGCCCUCAGGGGCGUGGCCUGCAAGCGGCGGAUGGACCCGCCCUCGUACACCACUGGGCAGCACAGACACUGACCACACCCCCUGGACUGACCUUUUGUUCACACCGUUUUAUUUUGAUUUCUUUCUAUUUAUUGGGCGUUAAUAUUAUUUAUUGUAUGCUGAAGAGUAAUUAUUAUACGA